CAAAUAUGGAGGGUGCCAUUAAAACAGUUGUCAUGCAGUUCCUGUCUUCUGCGGGAAAAGAGAACCUGGGUGGAAAGAACUUCCAAAAGUUAGUCCAAAGUCAGCUGGGAAACAUCCUGAGCGACACUGACAGUUCUUCAGCAGUGAAGGACAUGAUGAAAGGCCUGGAUGACAACCAGGAUGGGAAGGUCAGUUUCCAGGAGUACCUGACGCUGGUGGGCUACCUGGCCAACUCACUGAGUGAGCAGAAAGCACAGAGCAGCGCGGCCGGUGGACCAUAAGAAGCCCAAAAUGCAUUGAUGACACCGUCAAUCAUUUGGAAUGCUGGAGUCUUGAACCAGUAAUGAGCGACUGAGGCUAGUUGUCACAAUUCUUUCUACUUAUUAAAAAGUGGCUUGCUUUUAUUAAUGUCAAACCGUUAUUUUGGCCAAAACACGCUGUAUUAACAAAUAGGGUAAAAUGAUCCUAGAUUUGCAUACAUAACAAAACACAACUCCUUAGCGCUUGCGACUUUCUUUUGCGACAGCUAGCCUUGGGUCUCCAGUGGAAUAUAAAAUAUGCAGUGAUCUCAAAAAACCAUUCAAGUCUCUAAUAUAACAAAUUAUAAAUCUGUUUACAUUUAUGAAUUUAUAAAACAAUGUCUGACCUGUGGCCAUGUGCAAGUGCUAAAUCAAGUCAUUUUUGUUGCAUGAGCGUUUGCUUUUCAUUUCUCAGCUCCUGUGUUUUCAUAUAUGAUUUGAUCGUUUUACAGGGAACAAAAUAUGCUUGAUUAGUGUUUAAAACAAGGCAUGACUGAUGAAUGAAAGCCAUCAAAUAUACUAAAAACAGAGUCAAUGUCACAUCAGAUUUGUGCAUUUUAAAAAAACAAAGUGAAAUGAUCACAACUGGAAAAUGUUUUUGUAUGACCUUUCAAUUAAAAUAUGGAAAUAAUGACCAAAA